GGGCUGAGAGGCCCAGGCUUUCACUAACUAACUACGUAGCACUGUAAGGAUUGGUUCGACUCAAGGGUGCCCGCUGAGAUCUCGUUUUCCAUCUGCUCAACUUGACUUUUUCUUCUCUUGAUUUUCUUGUCUGUGUUUCUUAUCCAUCACUGUCUUGGUUGGACCUAUUCCCUGUCCUCGGGGCUUGAGGAAGGCUGUCUACGCUGUUGGGAACAUGCGCUUUUGGAGCUCGGCUCCAUGUCUGGUGCUCCUGCUGCAUCUUUGUGAGCUGGGGAGAGUCACAGGAGGUAAAGCACGGGACUGGCACUAUCUGCCGGAGACUCUUAGGACUUUGGGUCUACCUUUGGGGAGUGAUGAGAAACCUACACUCCAGAAGAACAGGACUGGUCUACUGAUCACUAAAUUGCUCCAGGAUGUGCACUGUGCUGAGAGGACAGGCUUCACACAGGACAUGUGUGAGAAAUGCCUGACACCAAACGUGGCCCUCUCAGUGCUGGACGAUGACAGGACUGAACUGACAGAGGAAGAUUACCACAAGAUCUCAACUGUCCUGCUGUACUACAUAAUUAACUUGAAGGAUCUGUGUGUUUCAAACAUCGGCCCUCCACCAGCCCUUCCCUCCUCAUCUGUGAACUUGCAGUUCUACCUGCUGCAUUUCACCGGCCUGAAUCCAAAUGAAAACCAUCAGUUCCUGUCACACAGCGAGACAGAGAGCAUUCUGCUGCUCAUCAACCAGCACUACAAUCCCUCCAACAAGGACAUGCGUGGUUUCCAAUGCAUUCAUUCAGCUCAUCUUCUUGAAGAGGUGGACGUAGAUGGAAAUCCUGGUGCAAGAGUGGCAGACGUUCCCAAAGUAGCAGCAGCUAUAAUCAGCAACAUCCUGCAGGGACACUGCUUUGCACCGAGGAGCCUCCCAUCCCCCGACUUCUUCAUAGAUUACAUAUUUCAGUCGCUAAAUUGCUCUAAUAACCUAAAGAUCGCAGACCUGGAAGAGCUGCUUCAUCGGUUAGGUGAUGGAAAACCAAUGCACUCUUACAAACAGAAGAAGAGGGGCAUCAAACAAAGUUCGCAUUUGCCACAAAACUUUAGCCACAACACUGGUGGAGAUUGGACACAGGUGUGUUUCUCAGCCAACCAGCUGGUGGAUAUUUUUGCUCUUGACCCUCAUUUAUCCAUUUCCAAAGAGCAAUUCCAGCAAAUUUGUCCUGCCAUCGUUCAGCAGUUGCUAGGCAACGCCUGUGGGUCACUACAGCAAAAUUCAAGAGGGUCGGUACCUACUGCUAUUGAGAAGUACGGCUACAGCACAGCUGCCGUCCUGAUCAUCACAGUGGGAUCCAUGUUUGGGAUCUGUCUGCUAUUCUUCAACUCCUGUCAGGAGACCUACACGCUCAUCCUGCAGCUGUUUGUGGGCCUGGCAGUGGGAACCCUCUCAGGUGAUGCUCUCCUGCACCUUAUUCCACAAAUUCUUGCCCUACAUGACAGCACUCACAGUCAUGAUGCUGUGCUCUCCAAUGAGGAUAAAGACUAUCUGUGGAAGAUUUUGGGCUUGAUUGCUGGGAUUUAUGGAUUUUUUCUCAUUGAAAGGAUAUUUUCCUUUUUAGCCCCUUCUCAUGGUCACGGUCACUGCAGUGACCUUCCCCUAGACCUGAACUGUAACGGUCAGUCUCAGAGGAGCAAAUCCAUUUCCACCAUCCAGUUGGGUUCAGUGGAAGAUGUAGAGGGCUCAGAGAUUUAUCCUAAACGUACAAAUACAGAAAGCACUCCUGGACAGAAACAAGGGGUUCCUGUGCUGGCUGUGAUGGUAAUUGUGGGAGACAGUCUUCAUAACUUUGCCGAUGGCCUCGUUGUCGGAGCGGCUUUCUCCUCAUCAGCCGAGACCGGCAUGGCAACCACUGUGGCCAUUCUGUGCCACGAGAUCCCACACGAGAUGGGGGACUUUGCGGUGCUACUCAGCUCUGGGCUCUCAGUGAAGACUGCAGUGCUGAUGAACUUCCUAAGCGCCCUGACGGCUUUCAUGGGCCUUUAUGUCGGACUCUUUGUCUCGUCAGACACAGAUGUGCAGCAGUGGAUCUUCUCCGUCACAGCUGGGAUAUUUCUCUACCUGUCCCUGGCAGAAAUGCUUCCAGAGAUGAAUCGAGUGAAGACCAACAGACCGUUUGUCAUGUUCCUCCUGCAGAACCUCGGUUUGCUUCUGGGCUGGACUUGUCUUUUGUUGCUGGCGCUCUUUGAACACAAACUCAAAUUUUAAUUGCAGCUGUCACGCAAGAUUAAAUUGCAGCAGAUGCCGACUGUAUAUUUUCUUUUUUUUUUUUUUGCUUCUAAGUUAAUGAUUAACUCACAGAUACAAGCACCACUUCCUGGAGAAAAUUGCUCAAUCACAGUGUAAUAGUCAGAGCGCUGGCUUGUGAAAAUAUGCUCGAUUUUUGUGAACGUUUGAGACUCGUUUUAUAUGUUUGAUUUAUAUUUUUUAACCCCUUGAUUUUUAGUGUUGUUGAACUACAGACAAUGCCAGUCACUGUUAUUCAAAUAAAGCAAUU